CUGCUAGAUAUGGGCAAGUGGAGUUACAUCAUUGUUCAAUCUGCAAUCCCUCUCAACCACCCCAUCCAUCUUCACGGCCACAACUUCCUCAUCCUGAGCGCAGGAAAGGGCACUUACACCAAUCAAGAGCUCAAUAUGUUCAAUGCACUGCGUCGUGAUACUGCAAAUAUGCCUGCGGCUGGCUGGCUGGUGAUUGCAUUCGAGACUGACAACCCGGGUGCAUGGUUGAUGCACUGCCACAUCGGCUGGCAUACAUCAAUGGGAUUUGCUCUACAGAUUCUUGAAGGCCGGAAUAUGAUUAAGGACACCGUGAAGGACAAGUGCGCACUGUACGGCACAUGCGGAAACUGGAAUAAGUGG